CGCACGCACUCGUCAGUUCUUUGUCGCAUGGACGGACUGCAUUUCACAGACACGGAUGUGGCAAAAGCAUAGGUAUCACGUGGUGAUGGAUGGUGAUGGAUGUGGGAAGAAAAGCAAGGCAGUGACUAUCUCUUGAUCCUGGCACUCACACCUACACACACACAGACCCGCCCGCACACACACACUACGUAUGUGUAUACACAUUUUGUGUGUGUGUGUGUGUGUGUGUGUAUGUGUGUGGGUGCAGAGGGGCGGGUGGCGUGAAAGCAACUGAUGCAGUGCCACCAACGAGCAAGCAGGCACGCAACAAACAAAAGAUGACAACUUGCAUUAAUCGUAACACUCGUCUGUGUGUCCGUGACACUCAUAUAAAUACAGUCCCAUGAGCACGCAGAGUAAAACAGGCUCAAGGGGAGGAGGGAUCGAUCCCCGCCCCAUCAGCACAUCCCAGCCCCGCAAACCCCCCCCUCCCUCCCCCACGCAGACAGUAACUAGUCGCACGCGCGAGGGCGAUAGACAAGCGAGAGCGAAUCCAUCCAACACGCAACAAACAAAAGUAGUCGCACAGCGGCAGUGCGAGCAAAAGAACGGAGGUCGUGAAACGCGAUAUGUCGUGAAACGCUCCUCGCGACGGCGGCAAUGCCCUCUUCUUUGAAAGAGUCUUUCCUUGGCGAAGAAGAGACAUUUUGGCGAUCAUGGACCAUAGUCGAUCCGCAGCUGUAUACUGAUUGCUUAGUGACAACCGUGGGGCGGAAGAAAGUGAGCGAGACACGGGAAGAAGCGGAGGUCUGAAAGAAGAAAAACUCAAAAGAAUCAGAGCUUCUCUUGCCUCGAUACAAACCUUCACUCUGCUGAAAGGACCGUUCUGACGGAACCUUUCAUGAGUGCGUUCCAAUGCGUUCGUCCACUUCGAUGUCGCGUGCGUUGAAGGUGGUAUUUGUGUCGUCAUUCCCAUGCAUGGCCCAUGUCUCUGCCUCCCCUUUUUCCCUCCUUCCUCGCCCUCCCGCGUUCAUGAUGGCCUCACACACACUCAUGCAAUUCAUGACGUCAGGCAAGCAUGCAUACAUGCAUUCAUGUGGUGAUCCAAGGCCUCGUGUAUGUUAGAGAAUAGGCUGAUCUCAUGACUCCUCUCGGUGUGCCUUGUUGUCGUUUGCCAGAGAAGAGAGAGAGAGACCCAUCGGUUUGCCCCCAUGUGUUUUCUGACGACAGCCAAGUGAGAGGGGUUUUCUUGACGCAUCGCGAGGGUCAUUUUCUUACUUCACGUGUGGUGGGUGUUGUAGGGCAGCGUUGGUGCACGCCUUGAUUUCACACAUGGAUGGGACGGAGUGACCUGCAUACAUCCAUGCAUGUUUUCAAUCUUGUGAUGUGAAGUCCACAUGUGCAUACGCAGGUGUGCGCACAGAGACAUUCAUGACAUACACACACUCCAAGUCCAAACGUGCAUGCGCAGGUGUGCGCACAAACGUGCAUCCGCAGGUGUGCGCACAGAGACAUUCAUGACAUACACACAUUCCAAGUCCACGCGUACAUGCGCAGGUAGCUCUGCUACCCCAUUCUGUGCUUGAUGACGCAGCAGGCUCUUCUCUUGCCGGAUCUGGUUCUCCUCACAGAAUGCCUUCCACGUACCGGCGAUGAGCUCGGCGCCUCCAUCGGUCCUCACUGCCUUGGGUAUGCGGCUGGCCAUGCAGUAGUGCAUGAACGCCUUCGGUGCGGUGGACUUCUUCUUUAGGAAGUAGGCCUGCACAUAGCGGCUGUAGUCGUCCAUCAUGACCAUGAGCCACUUGAAUCCUCUCUCGCUGAGCUGUUUGAUCUGUGCCAGGUCGACGUGCAUGAGAUCACCAGGUGCCGAAUGACGCAAGGCAUCACCAAGGUAGGGCCGAAUCUUCACCUUGGCUUGGACACACACCUCACACUUGUGCUCCUCUCCUUCCUCCUUCUUGCUCCUCUCGACGUCAGGUGCGUUGCGGCACACUUGCUGCAGUUGGUCGAUGGCUGCAUCGUUGUAGUGGAGGAAACGCUGGUGAGCGAGCUCCUCGCUGAUGACCUCGGCUAUCAUUGCCGCGUGUACUUG